UUAUUCUUGAAGUAUAAGGGAAAGACUGUUGAAGUUCCUAUAUCAAAUAACGGGAAAACAAGAUUAGAAAAGCUGGAAGAGAAAGACCUCUGGGAUAGCGAUAGUGGAGAUAUGUUUGAUGAACUUACCUACGAGGAUGAGGAGUUGAACAAGGCAGAGGGGUACUACAUGGAAAAAGUGUUAGAUAAGGAAGAUGAACUUUACAAUAAUCUGUGGAAAGAUGAAACUAGCCCUGCUAUUUAUCUGACAAAUAUUGAUGAACUUAUCACUGAGGUGCAAGACGAAUCAACCGUAAUUGAACAAUUGGAGAAAUUCGUGCAGACCGACUCCCUAGAUGAAAAAGAAAAGAGAAAGGCAUUAGAAUUUUUUAGAAAAGAGGUAUCGCUCUUUGCGAGCAGGCAAAUUUGUUUGUGUUCUACUACAAUAUAA